AUGGAGAUCGACAUGUGCUGGGAGCUAAGCAAGGCACACCAAACGGACGUCGAGGCUUCCGCCUAUAUUGAACGCUUCCCCGACGUCCCCGCGCCGACUUCAUUAUGGAGCAGCUAUCACAUGAGCGGGUUCCGCGAUUUGGCGAGGACGCCUCGAGGCUCGCGGCUCGUCGACGCGGAUCUCACGCGCUGCCCGUAUCGGGCACCGUCGAUCCAGUCUGGCCCUCGGCAGGCAUUGGUCGAGUUCGACGAUGUAUCUGUCUAUCGUAAUCCUCGACAUUCCCCUGCAUCGACCGGGUGCCCCGAUCGAGCUCAGAUAUCGCAAGUGAAUCAGACGAUCUGCUGCACAUGGACAGGCGCUAUAGCGGGCCUUGUCUUAGACCGACGGAGCUAUCAGGUCGCGUUUCGGCGUGCCGUCGAAAUCGACCUGUGGGAGCCGUUGAUUAUGGUGGACUCAGGGAUCAGUAAUGACGCAUUACCGCAGUAA